AUGAGUCUUUUCAGAGCCUCGACAUCUGCUGCGAGAGUCCUUGCUCGCACCAGAGUUGCCACUCCGUCCGGUAUUGUUGCUAGAAACUCAACAUUGUUGGCAAAGCUCAACCAAUCUCGUCACUAUGCUGAAAAAAAAUCAGACCCACAACCAUCAGUGUUGAGCGAGGAUUUAUUAGCCAAAGCUGGAUUCGAUAUGGAUCAAAUAGAAGAAAAUACCAAAAAAAUUGGUUCAGAGAACAAAGAACCCUCUGCUAAUGAAAAUCCAACUGAUUCCCAAGAGGGUGAAAAACCAAGAAAGAGAACUAGAAGAAACAACAAGACCUCUGGGGACUUGAAAAGGGAAAAAUGGGCCAAUGUGUUCUACUUGGUUUUGUUUGGUGUCACUGGUGCUUCUUGUACUUACAUGAGUAGAGAUUGGGAAGAAGAUGAAAACCAACAUACUAAGUUGGGCGAAGAACCUAUUCCAAAUGGUUACACCCCAUCAUUGAUGUACCAACGUUUUAAGAAAAGAUUCGAUAAUAUCUUCUUAUUCUUUUCUGAACCAACCGUAGAUAAAUUAUUACCUGAUGCCCCUCCUGAAAUUUACAGAAGACCAAUGACAUUGGUUAUUUCUUUGGAAGAUUUGUUGGUUCAUUCUGAAUGGGACCCAAAGAAGGGUUGGAGAACUGCUAAAAGACCAGGUUUGGACUACUUCUUGUUGUACUUGUCUGGUUUCUAUGAAAUUGUUUUGUUUUCUGACAACUACAGUAUGUACGUGGAAAAGACUAUUCAAAAAUUGGAUCCAUAUAAUGCUUAUUUCAGUGCUGUUUUAACUAAAGAAGCUGCUAAAUUGCAAGAUGGUAAGGUCAUCAAAGAUUUGUCAUUGAUGAACAGAGACAUGGGAAAAAUUGUCAUUAUGGAUCCAAACCCAGACCACUACUCUUUGCAACCGGAAAAUGCCUUGCCAAUUAAGCCAUGGGAUGGAUCUCCUGACGACACCUUGAUCAAGUACAUUCCAUUUUUAGAAUAUUGUGCUGGCUUAGGUGGUUUGAAAGAUGUCAGACCAAUCUUGAGUACUUUCAAUAACUGUGAAAAAAUUCCAGAAGAAUUUGCUGUUAGAGAAGCUGCAUUGAGAGAGAAAUGGAAUAAGGAUCACGCCCAGGGUAAUAAUUUCGCCGCAAAGUUAUUAGGUUUGCCAACUGCUAAAACUGCUUCCAAGAUGCCACUUGAUAACUUCAGAGAUCGUGCCCAAGAAAACUAUGUCAGAGUUAAGAAGUAUAUUGAGGAUAACAUUAAGGCAGAAGAAGCCAGAGCUAAUGCUAUGAUGGCCAACCAAAAAGUCACCUUAGGCAGUUUGGCUGGAUCUUACCUUGAGGGAUCUAACCCGGGUGAAGUCAUCGCACAACGUAUGCUUGAAGCCCAGACCCAGGCUCAAUCUGAAGGUGAAAAGAAGGCCUAA